AUGUCCUCUGAUUCUGCUUUCGCCUUCGUUAGAGAUUUCGCUAUUGGUGGUGCUUCUGGUGCUGUUGCCAAGACUUUGACUGCUCCUAUUGAAAGAGUCAAGUUGCUCAUCCAAACUCAAGAUGCUAACCCACGUAUUAGAUCUGGUGAAAUCCCAAGAUACACUGGUAUUGCUAACUGCUUUACUAGAGUUGCCUCUGAACAAGGUAUCGCUGCUUUCUGGAGAGGUAACUUCACUAACGUUAUCAGAUAUUUCCCAACCCAAGCUUUCAACUUUGCUUUCAAGGAUUCCAUUAAGAAGAUCUUCCCAAAGUACUCUCCAAAGGACGAAUUUGGUAAAUUCUUCUUGGUUCAAUUGGCUUCUGGUGGUUUGGCUGGUGCUGGUUCAUUGUGUAUUGUCUAUCCAUUGGACUAUGCUAGAACCAGACUUGCUUCUGAUGUUGGUAAGGAAAGAGUUUUCAACGGUUUGGCUGAUUGUUUGGCUAAGACUGCUAAGGGUCCAGCUGGUUUCAUGGGUCUUUACAAUGGUUUCGGUGUCUCUGUUGCUGGUAUCAUUCCAUACAGAGGUGUUUACUUUGGUUUGUACGAUUCUUUGAGAGAAAAGAAUCCAUACAAGAAGGAUUUCGGUGUUAUGGGUAUUAUUUCUAAGUUUGCUGUUGCCCAAACUACUGCUAUUGCUGCUGGUUAUGCUUCUUAUCCAUUCGAUACUGUCAGAAGAAGACUCCAAAUGCAAUCUGAAAAGCCAAAGGAUCAAUGGUUGUACAAGGGUACUGCUGAUUGUUUCACUAAGAUCCUCAAGGAAGAAGGUACUCAAGCUAUGUUCAAGGGUGCUGGUGCUAACGCUUUGAGAACUGUCGGUUCUGCUUUGGUUUUGGUCUUGUACGAUCAAUUGCAAGGUAUGCUCGGUGUUAAUAUUGGUGCUGGUGGUGAAUCGGGAUAAUUCUUUCACACUGUUUCUAAAACACCUACUCAGUAAAAUCAUUAAUUUUGAAAUAAAAAUUUGUAUUUGUUUUUU